AUGAGGCAAGCCCUGCCUCUGGCCAACACCUUGACAUUGAUCCCAGGCGGAACGCGAGGAAUAGGUCUCGCAACUGCCAAACUCUUUGCACGCAAUGGUUCACGCGUUGUCGUUCUGGGACGAGACCAAGAACGCAUCAAGCACGUUCUCGAAAAAGAACUCGCCCCGAUUCAUGGGAGCAAUUCGUCCGUGGAACAUUUGGGCUUCCAGUGCGACGUAUCCAACCAGGAGGACAUUGAGCGGACCAUCAAGGAGCUGGGCAAGGUCGCUCCUGUGGACUAUAUGGUCAACUCGGCGGGAAUUACUCGGGACUCUCUGCUUAUCGCGCAUGCCUCACAGGAUAUCGAAAACGUGAUUUCAACCAACCUCAUGGGUACCAUCUGGCUCAACAAGGCCGUUGUCAAGGGAAUGAUGCGUCGUAAAAGGGGAUCCAUCAUCAACAUCUCGAGUGUCGUUGGUCUGCAAGGGAACAUUGGUCAAUCUGUGUACAGCGCAUCCAAGUCAGCUAUUAUCGGUACGCAGGGAGCAAAUGAAGUCUCUUUAAGCAAGUGGUGGACAGAGAAGCGAUUCGAAGGAGGAUUCUCAAAAUCCCUCUCCAAAGAGGUUGGUUCAAGAAACAUUACUGUGAACGUUAUUGCUCCUGGCUAUAUCGACACCGACAUGACGUCAAUUUUGGACUAA